AUGGAGAGUCAAGAGUCCACAAAUCAGCCGCUCCAAGCUGGGGCACUGAGUUAUGGAGCCUGGGGAAACAGAGGAGAGAGGUGGGCUGACAAUGAGAGGGACAGCCACCUCUUUGGGGCAACUGUCCUAAGACCUUCCAAGCAUCUCAGGUGCCAUCUCUUCCUGCUCCUUGUACUGCCGGAUGUUUCUGGCCAUAUCAGCUUCUAUGUGACUGUAGCCCAACCGCCCUGGAGGAAACAGAAACAAGAUGUCCCUCAGUGCAAGUUGAAUAGUGCAGAAGAGUUAGAAGGUCUUACUGCUGAUCCCGAUGAGAUGAGAAUGCAAGCACUAUUAAUUAGAGAACGGAUUCUUGGUCCUUCUCACCCUGAUACCUCUUACUAUAUUCGAUACAGAGGUGCUGUCUAUGCAGACUCUGGAAACUUUAAGCGGUGCAUCAACCUAUGGAAGUAUGCUUUGGAUAUGCAGCAGAACAACUUGGACCCUUUAAGCCCAAUGACUGCCAGCAGCUUACUGUCUUUUGCAGAACUGUUCUCCUUUAUGCUGCAGGACAGGGCUAAAGGCUUGCUGGGCACUACUGUUACAUUUGAUGAUCUUAUGGGCAUACUGUGUAAAAGCGUCCUUGAAAUUGAGCGAGCUAUCAAACAAACUCAGUGUCCAGCUGACCCAUUGCAGUUAAAUAAGGCACUUUACAUUAUUUUGCACUUAAUUUGCUUGUUAGAAAAAGUUCCUUGUACUCUAGAACAAGACCAUUUCAAAAAGCAGACUAUCUACAGGUUUCUUAAGCUGCAUCCAAGAGGAAAGAAUAACUUCAGGCCUCUGCAUCUUGCUGUGGACAAGAAUACAAUAAGUGUAGGGUGGUACCCGGUCUGUAAGUUUCCAUCUCUGCAAGUUACUGUGAUACUGAUAGAAUGCGGUGCUGAUGUGAAUGUCAGAGACCCUGAUGACAAUAGUCCCCUACAUAUCACUGCUUUUAACAACCAUCCAGACAUCAUGAAUCUCUUUGUUAAAUCUAGUGCACAUUUUGAUGCCACAAACUUACACAAACAAACUGAUGACUUGCUGGAUGAGGAGAUAGCUAAAAUUUUGAUCCAGUCCAUAAAUCAUACCACAUUGCAGUAUCUUGUUGCUUGUGUCAUCGUGAAUCAUAGAAUUAAAGGGCAUACCCCAGAAAAGCUAGAGACCUUUGUUUCACUUCACAGAUGA